AAAACGUGGGAUUUCAAUGCAGCGAUCGAACGCAGAAAGUCAUCAAAACGGGAUGCAACAUAAAGGGUAAUGUCGUGAGGUCCUCAGGAUGAGUCGCUAAUUUAUUAUUGGCAAUCUCAAAAUUUUCCUAAACUGAUGGUCACUCUAUUACAUCUCAUUCGUGUUUAGGUCCCAGUAUUUUCACCUCCCUUAAGGACCAGUUGCUUAUCUAUAUAGCUAUUAUAGUUUAUAACAUAAAAUUAAUUGACAAAAAGAAACAAAUUGUAUAUAAUUUAGUAUAAAUUAACAGUGCAUAUCUCUAUAUAUUCAAUACGUGAACGUCAUAUCGGAUCAUAUUAAAAUAUUCAGUUUUUCAGUACAAACUGGUGUCCAUGUUAAUGUCUGAGAUAGUCUCAUUGUGGUGUAGUGAUAUUUGGCAAUUUGGUGAUAAAGAAUACCUGAAUUUUUAAAUGAUUACAUAAGCGUUGGAUCGAAUGGUAGCAGCCGGAUGGCCGUAUGGGCAGCCUACCGGACCUGACGGAGCGAUCGCGGCCGCAUAGCAUCCGGACCGCUGCCGCGCGAACCGUGUCGGAUCCGCAUCGCAACCGGACAGUCAUCACUCAGAUACCAGUGAACACAAUAUACAAAAAAGAAUGGCCGUGGAAGAAAUCAAGAGAACCGCUCAAAAUACCUGCUGUCGCCAAUCGCCGCAGAGACUCCGCUGCUUCGUCAGUAGGAGCUGCCUCCGUAAGGCGUCUUAUAGCCAGGCAACCGCCAAAAAUACCCAAGCUGCUAGUAACACGAUUCACCCUCCUUUGUAUAGCCAGUGGGCUCUGCUCCACAGCGCUAUUGCCGUUCACGGCAUUCGCUGGUGCAGAAGCCGGAGCAUUGCCCCUUGCUGUAAUGCACGCAGUCGCUGCCAUAGUAGCUCCCUUCUCUCCUCUAAUCCUACAAAAAACUGGUACAAGAAUAGUCAUAACUGUUGCUCACGUGCUGGUCUGUAUUCUUUUGACUGCACACACAGUAGCAACUCCGUUAUCCAUUCUACUCCCGUUGUACGCCCUUUGCGGCGUAACCCUGUCUCCGAUGUCACUAGCUCUGGCCGCGUCGGCGACGUCUCUGGCGCAGGCGGCGGGCGACGAGGGCAGAAGGCGGAUUGCACUACGGAGAGCCUUACGAGGUCUUCGAGCAUCCCAAGAUUUGGGACUCGUAUGUGGCUCGCUGCUCCUCGGAGCAGCCCUUAUGAUUUGGCCUGAAAAUCUCUUAUCACUUCUGGAACUAAGUACGCCGCCAGCAAAUUCAUCAUUUUCAAAAUGGCCUUCACUAGAGGAUUAUUUUUUGGAUGACGAUUAUGAGGAGAAAACAUGCGGCGCAGCAGGCUGCCCGGGCGUCCAGUUUCUCUUUGGCUCGUCCCUUAACGCAGAAGGGCGCAAGGUGCUCGUGGCGGUUUGGGCAGCGCUGGCCUUCACUGCGGCGUGUCUGGGGCUGUAUGGAGGAGCCUCCGCACCUGCGCCGCCGCCCGACGCUCGCUCCGUCGUCAAGGACCCCCGGGCACUACUUGGAGCCCCAAUGGGCUUAUUUAUUGGCCUGCAGCAGGGGUUUAUUUAUACUUCUUAUAUUAAGUGGUACGGAGUCUGCGUGGGCGGCUGGAGCGGAGCGUGGCGAGCGCUGUGCGGAGCGGGCGCCCUACAAACGCUCGCCGCAGCGACGCUCAGCAUGGCGGCGGCUCGCGGACGCAGAGGCGCGCUCGCUGCGGGCGGCGCGGCCGCGCACGCUUCGCUCUUACUUGCGCUGCUACGCUGGCGGGCGGCUAGAUCCGAUCUAGCACUGCCGUCCGUCGCAGCGGCAGCGUGGGGCGCGUGCGCUGCCUUGUGGGAUGUUCUACAAGCGGGUAUAUGCGUCGGCGGCGGCGGCUGGCGCGGUCCGUGGUCGGCGACGCUGUCGGCGCGUCACGCCGGCCUGGCACUCGCUUGCGCCGCGCGUUCUUUCCUCUGCGUGCAAACACAACUGGCUGUGCUGGCACUUGCGCUCGCUUCGGCGCUCGCUUCGCACGCUGCGCUCGAACUGCGCCUGCGCCGCGCCGAGCGACAUCGCUCCUAACGACGACAAACCGCGACCUUCCUCGCUCAGCAUGGCGAGGAGGUCGCGUCCUAUGUUAUCAGUUAAUAUGGAUACCACCUUAUAAGUUUUAAUUCGUUACCCAAAAUUAAUCUGUACCCGCCUUCAAGGAUUUUAUACCUUGGAAUGGAAAGUAUCUGUUUAUUAAUUUCUACAAAAAUUGUAACUAAGCUAGUCAAUUUAUAAAAAAAGAGAAGCAUAUCCAUGACGUCUUUUUCACAAUGAAAGCAAACUCUUGUAUUUUAAAAGGGGUUUAUUCGUAGUGCGCUCCAAACAAACGUAGAUGGCUGUUAUUUGAAUACUCUCAAUGAAAGUACUCACUUAAGUACCUACGUUCUAGGAAUUCUAAAUCUAUU